AUGGGAAAAAAGCGAAUAAUUGCAUUAAUCGAUAUGGAUUGCUUCUAUGCUCAAGUGGAACAACGUCUUCAACCUCACCUCUACGGUAAACCGGUCGCUGUAGUUCAACAUAGCAGCGUAAACUACCGAGGCGGUGGCUUACUUGCUGUAUCAUAUGAAGCAAGAUCUUUCGGUAUCAAACGUGGUAUGUUCGGUGAGGAAGCGAAGACUUUAUGUCCUGAUUUGACACUUUGUUAUGUACCAGUGGGCGAGCAUGUUGAUAAAGCAGAUAUUACAAUUUACAGGGAUGCAUCUGCGGAAGUCUUUAAAGUUUUGCAUGAAUUCGAUUCACGAAUUACUGUUGAACGAGCAUCGAUUGAUGAAGCUUACUUAGAUCUUAGUGCUUUAGUACAGUAUAUCUUCGAAACCACCGAUCCUUCGAAUAAGUAUGGUAAACCUAAUGCAGUGGAUUCAUUUCCAACAACACAUGUUGCUGAUGGAGCUGAUCUAAAUGAGGGAGAAGAUCCUGAUUGGAAAUAUGAUAGAGUUGGAUCUUUGCAUUCCUUUAUGUCCGAAGCAUGCGAAGCAAAGGACGAAUAUAAGUUAAAAUUGAUCAUUGGAGCUGAUUUGAUUGAACAAAUAAGGAGUGAUAUAAAGAAAACUACUACCUUCAACUGUUCUGCCGGAAUUGGUAGUAGCAAGAUGAUUGCUAAAUUGGUUUGUUCACGUCAUAAACCUGGACAGCAAACUGUUGUGUUCAACGAAGCUAUACCUAAAGUUUUCAAAUACACUCCUAUAAAUGAAGUCCGAAAUCUUGGUGGCAAAUUAGGAAGGGCAUUAAUGGAAAAAUUCGAUAUCAAAACAAUGGGAGAGUUAUCAAAAAUAUCGAUGUCAGAUCUCAGCGAAGGUUUUCCAGCUCAAGCAAAAUGGGUAUACAAUAUUGCGCACGGUAUCGACGAAGAAAAAGUUACUGCACGGGACAAACAAGGUUCGGUUGCUGUGAGUAAAAAUUUUCCAGGUCCCAAUGCUUUAAAAACGGAUGUUGAUGUGAAAUUUUGGCUGGAAGGUUUAAUCAAAGAAUUGGUGAAACGCUUAAUUGACGACCAAUUAAGAAAUAUUCGAACUGCAUCAACACUCCAUAUUGGCUGCACAACCGAUAUUCAUCUUUCUAGAAGUAUGCAGAUGAAGACAUAUGAUUCGAAAGCUUUAUUUGCUUCAGUUUGGAGCAUUUUUCGACAUAUUAACAAGUCUAGAAUAUCGGAAAUUUGGGAUCCAUCGGUGAAGAAUAUUACGCUUUCCGCAAAUCGAUUUCGGGAAGGGAUUGAUGGCCGUUCUAAACAAAUCACAGAAUGGGUAACAGAAGCAAUAGACAGGGCGGUGAAUUCAGUGGCUUCCACCAGUACGGAUACUAGAAACGAAGCCAUGCCUAGUGAAAAGAUGACGAAGACUUCGUCACAAACUUUGACAAGUGUGCAUCAUUUACAAAGACAGGUAGAAGAACAAGAUGAUGACAUACAGAUUAUUUCUGAUGUGAGGAAAGAAACAAAAAGUACCGCUGUUGCUGUUCGUUCUAAAAUAACUGUUAAAAAGCGGAGAAAAAAAGGGGUACGAGAUAAAUCAAGUCCACCAAUGAAGAAAAUAUCAGAUUUCUUUAAAAAACAAUGA